AUGCGCUACUCGAUCCAGGGUCUUUUGCUGGCUGCGUCUCUGUCUCCUGUGGUUGAUGCCGAGCGGGUGCUGGGUGCGUAUAUUUUCGCCCGCCAUGGAGAUCGUACACCAAAGGUUUUUGGUAGCACUCAACUGACCGACCUGGGCUACCGGGAGGUCUUUAAUGCAGGAUCCUUCUAUAACGAGCGAUACAUCUCGUCCAACUCUUCCAAGCAGAUCGAGGGCAUUAGUGCCGAUGUUGUCAACCCAAAGCAGAUCAGUGCCUCUGCUCCCUCGGAGGCCGUCCUGCAGAACUCUGCCACUGGCUUCCUACAGGGUGUAUAUCCCCCCGCGGGAAAAGUAGCUUCCCAGACCCUAGGCAGUGGAAACUCGGUCGAGGCACCAUUGAACGGCUAUCAGCUCAUUUUGUUGACACCGGCUACUACAAGCAAGAACGCCGAGGAUUCCAGCUGGUUGCAGGGCUCUACUGGAUGUCAAAAGGCAACCGUGAGCAGCAACAACUACUUUUUCUCCGACAUGUACACCUCGCUACUGUCCUCGACCAAGGAAUUCUACCAAUCGCUUUCACCCAUGCUAGAGGGCGCAUUUGCCUCGUCGGAUAUAUCCUUCAAGAACGCCUAUACCAUCUUCGACUACUUGAACGUCGGCAAAAUCCAUAACUCUACCAGUCAAUUCCCUCACAAGUCAGACCUGACCGAUGAGGUGUACCACCAGUUGAUUGCUCUAGCUGGAAGCCAUGAAUUCAACCUGGCUUACAACUCUUCCGAUAAAGUACGCGCCAUCGACGGUGCUGUCUUGGCGGGCGAAAUCCUGACCUCGCUCAACGAGACCAUCGCCACCAAGGGCAAGUCCAAGCUGAACAUCGGAUUCGGCUCCUAUGGCACCAUAUUUUCUCUCUUCGGCCUCUUGCAGAUGCCUGCUGCCUCCGUCAACUUUACCGGAAUCCCGGACUACGCCUCGUCAAUGGUCUUCGAACUGGUGACAAACGCCAGUGGCACCGACUUCCCGACUGACACGUCCGACCUCAGCGUGCGUUUCAUGUUCCACAACGGUACCAUCACGGGCUCAUCUGAGCCUACUGCAUACCCACUAUUCGGCCAGUCAAGCAAACUUCUCUCCUGGGACGACUUUUCCUCCAAGAUCAAAGAGGUCGCCGUGACAUCCGAUGAGGAGUGGUGUACCAUGUGCGGCAAUACAGAGGGCCAGUGCGCCAGUUCGGACAGCAGCAGCGCCUCUGACUCUGCUAGCACCUCUAGCACUAGUGGCUCGGGGAUGUCCCUCGUUGUGGCGGGUGUCAUUGGUGCGAUGGUUACCCUCGCGGUGAUUCUUGGUCUGCAGGCUAUUUUCUUCCUGCUUGGUGGAUUCCGCAUUGCAAAGCGGAACAAGUCCAGCCCUGAAAUGAUGAGCUCGCAUGCUGGUGUCGAGGCGGAGAAAAAGGUUUAG